GCUGGCAGCUCUUCCAGCAUGUCAGCAUACGGCGCCGUGAUCUCGCGCAAUCGCCCUGCCGCGCCCCUCGCGUCGACCGCCUGGCUCUGCAAGCCGCGCGCCAGCGUGCCGACUCACCUCACGCUGCACCACCUCACGCUCGCAUCCGCGUCCAUGCUGCCGGGGCUCGUACCGUACCUGCACCGAUGCUUUGCGGACGAGCUCGAGCGCGGGGCGACGUACCCACAGGAGAUCCUCCCCGGCGAGCCGUACACCCAGGCGCAGUUCGAGACCUAUUACUUCGCGGCGGACGUCAUCGUGGGCAUCGUGGGCCUUGGCGAUGCGCCCGACAGCGACGGCGCGGCUGUCCAGGGUGGUGUUGAGGAGGCGAGGCAGGGCAGGGGCUGGGAGGAGUGCGUCGCGGGCGUGUACUACGUGAAGCCGAACUAUCCUGGCCGCUCGUCGCAUAUCUGCAACGCGGGAUUCUUAAUCCCCCUUGCCCAGCGCGCAAAGGGCUUCGGGUCUGUCCUCGCAAAGUCGUACCUGCACUACGCGCCGCGCCUGGGCUACGAGGCGAGCGUGUUCAACCUGGUUUACGUGAACAACAUUGCCAGUGUGAGGAUGUGGGAGUCGUUGGGAUUUACGAAGGCCGGGCUCAUCCCGCGUGCAGGACGGCUGAAGAAGGCGGACGGUUCGGGCGAGGAGUAUGUGGAUGCAUGGGUGAUCUACAAGCAGUUCGAGACCGUUCAGCAAUGAGAAAGGCGGUUCUUUGCCGGUACCGAAUGCCUCCACUGGUUACCGCGGCCGGCGGACAUGCAGGCAAAUCUGGAUUUCGUUGCUUCCGGAGCCGGGAAACAGAGCCGCGGCUCCAGGACAUUUGGCCAUAGUCCAUCGCCUCACAUUACGAUGCGUGGCGUGCGAGCUCGCCGAGCACUCGUCGGGGACUGCUGUUUUAUCGACGUUUAGGCGGCGGUGCCGCGGGUGCCCUUGUGAGGGUUGUGUGCGCUAGUCGGCGGAUGGGAACUGCGGCUUUCAUCGCGGAGGCGCGUUCCUGUGGAGUCGCAAUAAUCAUCACACAAUGCUCAUUUUUAGGGUUAAUCACGCAAGCCGCCUAGACGGCCGACGCCCAAGGUACGUUAAUUUUUCAAGAUCGCGUCUGGGGCCUCGGCCGCGUUUCUUCCACACUGAAUUUCAAUGCUUUCGUUGAGCACAGGUUGCAUAACGUCCGAGAGCUGCUUCGCAUGGACUUAUCACAGGGACGUCCUUGCUGGUCAGUGUGAGGAGAGGGUUUGCCGAGCGAACAGGGCGGCUCGUCAUUCUACACAAUCAAACUGAUU